AUGUCUGGCUCCGGCCCCAACCGCCCUCCGCACCCCUACAACAACCGCCCUGCCCACGGUCGUAACGUCUCCCUUGCACUCGUCGGCGAAGGUAACUCUCUUCAACACUCUCGUGAGGCCUACCCCGAUGGUCCAACAUCGCCUCCUCAGGGCCAUCAACCUAUUCCGACGGUGAUCCAGCCGAGAAAUGGGCCUGUGACGGAUCUGCAGCGAUUUGCUGGAUUGUCCGUGCAUCCGUUCUGCCGAUGGGCCUUCACCGUCUACAACCAAGCCGGCCGCGCGGUGCCAAACAACGACUUCCUCCCAGAUGUCGACAACGCCGUCUACUGGUCCGAGACCAUUGACGCGUUCGACCGCGAUUCGCGCCUCAUCCACGAGCUCGUCCUGCGUAUCGCCAACAGGGAGCUUGGUCACCCUGCUAUGGAGACAAUCCGCCAGAACCAUUCGAUGGUCGAGAUGCUGUUGUACCGUCACUACCAGCGUCACGGUGGUAUCAUGCUGCCUCCGACGGCCCCUGCUGUCUCUGUCAUGCAGGCCUAUGAGCAGACGGUUCAUGAGGCUCGCCGGGAGCACUUUCAGCGGACUGGCCGGCAGCUACAUAUAGAUGAUCCUAACUUCCCGCGUAUUCGCUUUCCAGCUUGGAACGACCCUGCUACCUCCCCGUCAUCUCCUCCUGGUCAAACCACCAAAGGCAAGGGUCCACCCCGUGGCUCUCCAGGUGGCAAGUUCUUUGGCGCUCCUGGCAAUCAUCGUCUUUCUAGGGGUGGUGGUGCAGCACCAGGAGGUGGCGUCACCUUUUGA